CUGAUUGCUCAUGAAAAUCUUGCUUUAAUAUAAUUCCCUUAACUCAAGCUAACGUCCCAUACGACGAAACACUCUCAGCAGCAUGGCAGCAUCAGGCGACGAUCCAAUCGUUGUCAAUGCAUACAGCUGCCCAGUAUCUUCUGGGACUUGCUUUUUCAAUUCACUUCGCAGGAAGAAGGCAGAUGAAGCGCCAAGGAGUGAAUCGAAUCUACUCAAGUCCAUCCGUGCUGCUUUCCAAGGGUCUGGUAAGGAUCCGGACCCUUCGUUUCGCUCAACGACGUCCCCAGUCGUUGACGGUCAGGAUGGGGAAGAGAGUUUGACAUGGGAUGAGACUACAGUGGUACAUAGCGCAGGAGGAAUAUUAAGGCAAUCAUGGAAUUUUGAGGAGGAAGGCCAGCGCGUUCAGUACGCGUGUUUCGGGUGGCUUAUGAUGGAGGGAACGAUACACGCAGGUGGAACGGCUGGUGGAAGCUCGACGCGGGAAGAAGACGAUCAUCCCGGUCCUGUUCCAUCUGAGCAAAAGCCAGAGCGGGAUAUAUUUGGACCAUUCUUCCGCGCAAGGAAGGCGCGAAUGCGGACUGUAGAACCCACAACGAUUGCCCGUGGGGUAUAUAUCUUUCUUCGAAGCUUCGGAAAGGUGUUCCUCAUGAACGGCCUUGAGUACUCGUUUUCGUUGCCUUUCAUCGUUCAUCGAGCGUGGCCACUUAGUCCGCACGGGGUCUUGUUACAGCGCGUAGUUGAGCCUGUCGAAUUGGACGAGCCCGAUCCAUUACCGAGAUUAUACAGCUUGACAAACCCGUUCCAGGAACCACGACCCAUUGGGAUGGCUGAGGGUAUAAAGGGUGGACAUAGCUUUAGCCCUGCCACUGCAGAAGUCGAUACUCAUGAACUAAGGGCCUCACGAACAGUACAUGCCGAAGAUCAAUUGGUAUGGAUUACAUUGAGGUCACAUAAUACGACCGACACCGACAAUCUAUUCGCAACGAUAAACGCAAGCACAAAGAAGCUGUCUCUCUGGAGAUAUGUUUACGUUCCGCCGAAACCUCUCCCUGUUGCUAAGUCUGCACCGACUCAAUCUCCUCCGAAUCGUCGUGGACAGCCCUCUGGAGAGAAAACAAAUGCACAAACACGAACUGCGGGUCAUAGUGGGAAGGACUUGAUCGCACGUAGUGAUCGUAUUCGAAUUCCUUCACCGGACUUCGAACCGACUCAAGCAGCGGAAUUCAAUGAAAUGCCGCCGUUAUCUUCAAUUCCCGGUAUGGCACCUGCGUUAUCCAGUACGACAACACUCGCAUCACUAGCUAGUGCGGGCUCUGGGAUGCCGUCGUUGCCGUCAGGAGCAACCGCCCGAGGACGGCGGAACUCCUUGACACGGAAUGACCUAACAUCUACAAUGGAUCGUAUGGUUUUAGGACGCCGUACGUGGAUGAAUCUGAGUUUUGCGGCAUAUGAUCAGCGUUUCGACGGCAAGAAGGCGCGCUCCAUCGUUGUAUUGUGUCUUCCUGCUUCCAAGCAAGCGAUUCACUUAGAGCUUUUUGCCCUGUCUGAAGAAAAUACACUCAAAAUGGAACUUCUGUCGACCCGACAUUCAGUACGAUCUAUAGCUGCUGUGAAAGCCACAAGACCGCAUACUUGGGAUCUCCUUGUCCUUAAGGCCGAUUUCAGUCUCUCUUUACUCACCUUUGACGAUAUGGAGAUCCCAUUACGAGUUAAUUUUGCGGGACUCGGAGAGACACAGAAUAGUCCGGUAGACGUAGAGAUGGAUAGCGAUCCGUUUGACGAGACGAGCCCUCCGGCACCCGGCGACCCAAGGAAUCUGAGGGUUGUUGGGUUGCAGGAUCCAUUGGUUUCAACCGUGAAGCUUAUCCUAGCCGAUGGCCGCAUGGCUCAGCUCAAAGUUGACCUUACUCCAACCGACCAGCUAGUCGCUCACAUUAUUCAUAUCCUUGCACUUUAUUGCAAACCGAAAGAUUUCCUCGGAAUAUACACAGCAUUUAUUCACACCUGGAACGAAAAUCUACGAAGUCCGCUACCUGACGUCCAGUUCGAUUGUGUAGCUGAGGCCAUCUUGAGGAACUGGGGUGUUGCUUGGUUGUCCACGGAAAAUCCGCAAGUGUCAUCGUCUUCUCCUUGGGAAGCACUUGUAAAAAGCUCGUCUUACUCUCGUUUGCGAGAUGAUGCGACCGUUAUGAGGCUCAUACCCAUGCCCGAGCCUCCACCCCGCCUUCCGGUGUACAAAAAUUGGUCUCGGUCUGAAAAAAACGCAUUGUACUACUUGCUUAUGGGUUUACAUUUUCUUGGCGAGGAAUACCGUCUUCUGGCCCACAGACAUGAAGCAUUAAUAAGACUUUCGACGUUGACGUUGCGACUCGCUGAACUUGUUUGGUCUGGUUUUGCUGACCUUCUUAAGAGGCUGUAUCCUAGUUCGUCAAGUGGGUGGACUUCAGGUUAUAACAUCACGGACGAUGACGAAGUCAUCUAUCCCAGGGACGUUUUUUCAGCUCUUUACGUGCUGCUUGUGACUCCUGAGCACCGACCUCCUUUAAUCGAUGCUACAAUUAAUCGUCCAAACAUGUCUAACGCGUAUGGACGCGUCGACCCGCAUCCUGUUAUGCGUGAAUUCAACCAACUGUUCACCACACUGUCAGAUUUAAAACAGUCCGAUAGUCGAAAACGUGCAGAGGCGACCGUACUAAUGAUGGCACAACAUCAGUUCGGUCUCGAUUUUCUCAAUCUUCUGCCGUUGACAUAUAGCAUGCCGCUCCGUGAGGCUGCGCGUACAUGUCAACUCGGACCUCCGCCUGAUUGGCCUGUCGCAGCGUACGAAUUCGUCGGGCGCAGCGAUCUGACCGAGUCUGGGAAAAUCAAUGAUGAUCUUAUGUUCAACGAUGGCUAUCGUUCAAUGAAGGAGCAUCUUAAAUCGGGCUUCUCCCGGAAGGCGUACCGCACAGUAUUCGAAGAGGUCCACAGGGCGGUUGACCAUGGCGAAGAGACGGUGACUGGCGUUGAACUCGAGAUGACAGAUUUCACCGAUGUCCGAUUCGGUCAGGAUCGUCGAUUGCAAGAAGUGGCCAGGAUGUUGCGUUCAUCUAACAUCCCGUCUAUACGGAUGAUUGAUCGUCCAGAUUUGAACGAGCACGACUUUGCGAAGGAACAGCAGAUGCAGGUCUUGCGCACGGCAGAAAGGACUUUGGCACUGCCCAUCGGACGUGCAAUGUUUACCUUUGCGACAAUCCCAUCUGUAACAAGGGAAGUAUUCACGGUGCCCAAAAUUGAGUUGGCUAUCCGUCUACAACCUCAAAACAUUUGCAUAUCCCCUGAGCCAGGGAAAAUGCUGCUGGAAGCUACCAACUGGGCGGAGUUUCACAACGGCGUCGCUGCUGCGUUGCGAAUUUCGCCUUCGACUGGAGCCAUCGACAGUUCUUGGAUUUCAUUCAAUAAACCGAAUGAGUUGACACCCCAACAUGCAGGCUUCCUUUUUGGACUUGGGUUGACCGGCCAUCUGAAGGAAAUGCUGACGUGGCAUACUUUCGGGUAUCUGACUCCCAAACACGAAUUGACGUCCAUUGGAGUCCUACUCGGACUGGCGGCGGCCAAUAUUGGCAGUUGUAACAAGCAUGUCACUAAGCUGCUUGCAGUCCAUACACCAGCUUUUCUUCCAUCACCCGAUGUGGAUUUGAACGUGCCAUUAAAUACUCAAGCGGCUGGCCUUGUCGGUAUUGGGCUAUUAUAUCUGGGUUCAAAGAAUCGACGCAUGGCGGAGGUAGCCUUGCACCAGAUCAGUCGACCCGAUCUUUUGCAGCCGGAAUUUGGUAAUGAAACUAGGGAGGCAUACACCGUAGCCGCCGCAUUGUCAUUCGGUAUGAUAAUGCUAGGCAGAGGGACUGCGACGACGAGUCCUGCAGAUGUUGCCAUUUUGUCUCGUCUUCGUGUCCUUAUUCACGGUGAGGGGCCAGCGGUGUUCCAAACGAAACCGGUUAAACAAUCAUUUGAUGUCAAUCUCACUUCACCUGCGGCGACAAUGGCACUGGGUCUAAUGUACCUUAAGACGAACCGACAAGCCGUGGCAGACAUGCUCACAAUACCUGAUACAGUUGCUGCACUCAAUUAUAUUCAGCCCAAUUUUCUGCUGGUACGCACGAUAGCACGCAAUCUGAUCAUGUGGAACGAUAUCAAACCAACGCGUGAAUGGUUACUGAAGCAAGUUCCCGAUCAAAUCAUGCGGAUUAUGGAGACCCGGAUGCCUUAUCAGACUGUGGAUGAUGCUAUUGAACUUGCCUACUACCAUGUAACUGCCGGUGCUGUAUUUGCGCUAGCACUGAAAUAUGCUGGUACUGCAAGUCAUGAGGCCUAUUCGAUUAUCGCGGAGUUCUACGAGUUCUUCCGGAGGUCUUCAUGGCACAACACUUCAUUAGGCCCGAACUUCGAUCAUCGCAUAAAACGCGCGGCGACUAGAGACGGUCUUAAUCUUGUCACCCUGUCCAUGGGUAUGGUUAUGGUUGGAACUGGGGAACUUAGCUGCUUGAAACGGCUUCGUUUGGCGCACGGGAUGUAUAAUCAGCCGAUUCGCUAUGGCUCUCAUAUGGCGACACACAUGGCUCUCGGUCUUCUUUUCCUCGGAGGAGGAAGGUUCUCACUUGGAACGUCCGAUGCUGCCGUUGCGUGCAUGGUAGCCGCCUUCUACCCGCAUUUCCCAGCUUUAUCAUCGGAUAAUAGGGCAUAUCUUCCGGCUCUACGUCACUUAUGGGUUCUAGCCGUCGAACCGCGGUGUCUCAUUGCUCGAGAUGUCGAUACAAAGGAAGUCGUGUAUCUGCCAAUGAAAAUCAGGGUCAAGGAGGAGAGUGGCGCGGUUGGAACUGCUCAGCUGAUAGCGCCAACGUUGAUACCAAGUUUGGACCGUCUGCUGUCGAUUAAGAUCGAUACACCUCGAUACUGGCCAUUCUUACUUGAUAUCGCUCAUAAUACUCGUCACAUGGGUGGUCUUCUUCAGUCUCAGACACUAUUCGUCAAGCGAAGGACAAUGUUCUUGAGCUAUAUGGAGGAUCCAAAGGGUAGUCGUAGCUUGUUUGUACGGUCCGGGAUGUCGACUGGUGAUGCCGCAACUCUCGACUUCCCUCAGCUGACCGACACCAAGGCUCAUCCCGCCAGUGAUGUCCAGCAUUACAUCACAUCACAUUCGAACGACAUCUCCUUCAUUGCCUUCGCAGACAGACUGUGUCGCGGCGAUGGAAUCACGGAAGAAGAGAAGAUCUUCAACAACUACUGUCACGCUGCACUACUGGACUGCAUCAUCCAAGACAAACCCCAAAUGCUUACGUCCUACCUAGCUCUCUACCGAACCCGUCUCCUUAACCCACGAUCCCGAUACUUCCCACUCAUCCAACAAGAUCUUGUGCAUCUGAACGCAUUUUACUCCAACCUCUUCGAUCGACGCUUCAGCGGCCGGUCAGAAGGGAUUACACGCCCUGCUCUCCUCAGAGAGAACUCCGUAUCCGGUGCACUCCUCGCUGUCGACAAAAAGCUGCACACCGUAACGCAACAACCGGAGUUCCAACGUGCCUUACGUGUGUACGUACUGAACCAGCUAUCGAGCGAGUAUUUGCGUGAUAGUCCUGCUCAUCCCGACGUUGAACGGAACCUGGCAUGGUACUUACAACGCCACACAGUCCCUUACGCUCCGUAUUUCCCUGUACUGCAGCAAUUGGCAGUCGAGACUCUAGCAAAAUAUGAAUCAACCGCACCCCCAGAUGGCGUUGCCGGGACAGACAAAGUGAACGACUUAGAACAGGGUGUUAAGCUUAUGCUGCACGCUGCAAUCGCUGCUCAGCAGCGAGCAUUUGGGAGUUGGACUAUAGAGUCUUUCAAUGACAUUUUGCAGAUAUGGCAAACCAGUUAA